AUGCAGCUCACCCAUCUGCUUCUAUUGUUUCUCACGUCUCUCAUCGUCUUCUAUUACAAGCAGCUCUAUGAGAUCGUCGUCGACCGCUUCCGAUUGUACAGGGCGAUGUCGCGAUUCCCGGGACCCGUCUCGUUGCCGCUCAUCGGCACCAUCUGGCAAAUCCCGUGGAACGUGCAGGACCUCACCAUGCUGCUCAUCGACUGGGGCAGACACUAUUCGAUGCGGGGCAGCGGCGUCAUCGGCGGCUGGAUUGGUCCGAUGCCGGUGUUGGCGGUGAUUCAUCCCGCCUACGCCAAACCGAUUCUCGAGUCGAACGAGAUCAUCACCAAAGCCGAUCAGUACGACAUUCUGUUUCCGUGGCUCGGCACCGGCUUGUUGACGUCGACCGGCGAGAAGUGGCGGCGACGCCGCAAAAUGCUGACGCCGGCGUUCCACUUCAAAGUGCUCAGCAGCUUUGUGGCGGUUCACGAUUAUCAGGCAAAGGUGAGCUUCUCCACUUUUAUUAUUAUUGCCAGCCGUUGGUGUGAUGAAGCCGCGAAAGGCAGAUGCUGCGCUGUGUCGGUUUUAUUGGGACAAGUUUUGGACUCAUAA